AUAAUAAAACCCAAACAAAAAGAAAACCAAAAUUACUUCAAAACAAAGUUAUGUUUUAUUUUUACUGUCAUCUUCUCUGUUUUUGUUGAUUAAUUUCGCCCCAAAUUUAUAAAACCCUAUUUUUUUUUUUUAUCAAAUCGAUUUGUUUCUUUUUGGAUAUGGAAGGAGGAGCAUCAUCAUCAUCAGGGUUUCCGUUUCCAAGAACUAUUGAGGAGGUUUUUAAAGACUUUAAAGGAAGGCGUCAAGCCUUACUCAAAGCUCUUACAUCUGAUGUUGAUGAAUUUUAUGCCCAGUGUGAUCCUGAGAAGGAGAAUUUGUGUUUAUUUGGGCAUAGGAAUGAGACAUGGCAAGUGAAUAUGCCAGUUGAAGAAGUACCUCCUGAGAUACCAGAGCCAGCAUUGGGGAUUAAUUUUGCUAGAGAUGGGAUGCAAUCCAAGGAUUGGAUAUCAUUGGUUGCUGUUCAUAGUGAUGCUUGGUUAAUGGCUGUUGCUUUCUAUUUUGGUGCGAGAUUCGGGUUUGACAAAAAUGAUCGGAAGAAGCUCUUCAAGAUGAUAAAUGAUCUUCCCUCCUUAUUUGAAGUUGUGACUGAAAUUGCUAAAAGGCAAGCAAGUGAAAAAACAACAGCCACACCCCAUGGUAGCAACAGAAACAAACCAAGUGGGAUAAUGCAACAGCGUCAACCAGAACCCCAGACAAAGGGGUUGCUGAAAAUGCCACCACCACAAGAGGAACAAGAAGAAGAGGAGGAAGAUAGUGGUGGUGAAGCAGGCGAGGAUGAUGAGCAAGGGGCCACUUGUGGAGCCUGUGGGGAUAGCUAUGCAAGUGAUGAAUUCUGGAUCUGCUGUGAUGUUUGCGAGAAAUGGUUUCAUGGUGAGUGUGUGAAAAUCACACCUGCAAAAGCUGAGAGCAUCAAACACUACAAGUGUCCAGCCUGCAGCAGCAACAAGAGGUUAAAACAUGGAUAGGUAUUUAAGUGGUGCAAGUGUAAGAGGAAUACCAUAAAUGUUACUAGCAAUAGCUGUGUAUCAAAAGAACGAUAGAAGCAAUAGAUCUGAAAAGUUCGAGGUGGAAAAGGGUCCAGCUGCUCAUAGUCAUAUAAAAUUAUGACUAAAAAUGAAUAGGUUGGUUUUAUAUGGGUUGUGUUCUUGUGAACACGUUGUUUGGACUAACUUCCGGGACUAUACGUUUUUUCCCGUGCAGGUCCAGUAUUUUUGAUAACUGAACUGUUGUUUUAAGUGUUGCAGCAGCUAAAUUGAAAACCGGGCUUCUGUCUUUUUCUUUUUAGAUCUUGUUAAUCCUCUCGGGAAAAAUCUAAUUCUCAUAGUGCUUGCUUUUCGAACUUGCAGGAUUGUAUCAGUUCUCAUAAAGGGCAUUUCCUUUUUUCAUUUUUCCA